AUAGUUACUGAUAGGAUUAGUAAUAUGGAAGUUAGAGUUGAAAACUUUAUUAUUAAAAUUUUAUGCAAUAACAUUGAGAGAACCAUAGUUCAGGUGCAUAAGACAGAACUUGAUUUAACCUCAUUGCAUUAUCUUGAGUUUUCAUUUCACAAGGAUAUUUGCGUACACCAGUAGGUUCUGUUUCUUUUAUCACCUGUUCAUAAUGGAACUGAUAUGAAUAUGUUCAGAACAUGCAUUUAUAUUAGGGUGACUUUGACUUAUUUAAACAUAUUAAGUCCACGUAUUUGACUGAUUAGACCAUAUUUAGUAUAUAUAUAUAUAUCUAUAUUAUUGGGUGACUUGGACUGAUUAGACCAUGUUUAGUACAUAUCUAUAUUAUAGAGCGACGUUAUUAAAUUGAACAUGUUAAGUUCAUGCAUUUCGUCUGAAUUUCUGACUUGAACCCACCCUUCUCAAAACGUUUCCCAAAAUGAUUUCCGCUGCCCCACACUUUUGUAAUUCAAGAGAAAUAAUAUUCAUUAACUUUUUAAAAUUUCUUGUUUAAAAUGUAUUUGAUUGGGUUUAAAAAUUAUAAAAUACGUUUUGAUGGAAGUUUUCCCAGCAACCCUGUGGUAGCAGUUUCAAAUUUUUUAGUGCUUGGACAGAAUGGUCUAGUGAGCCCAGUAAGGCAGUGGUCCUUGGGGAGUGGUCUAGUGAGCCCAGUAAGGCAGUGGUUCUUGGGAAUGGUCUAGUGAGCCCAGUAAGGCAGUGGUCCUUGGGGAUUGGUCUAGUGAGCCCAGUAAGGCAGUGGUUCUUGGGGAAUGGUCUAGUGAGCCCAGUAAGGCAGUGGUUCUUGGGGAUUGGUCUAGUGAGCCCUGAAAGGCAGUGGUCCUUGGGGAUUGGUCUAGUGAGCCCAGUAAGGCAAUGGUCCUUGGGGAUUGGUCUAGUGAGCCCAGUAAGGCAGUGGUCCUUGGGGAUUGGUCUAGUGAGCCCAGAAAGGCAGUGGUCCUUGGGAUUGGUCUAGUGAGCCCAGUAAGGCAGUGGUUCUUGGGGAGUGGUCUAGUGAGCCCAGUAAGGCAGUGGUUCUUGGGGAGUGGUCUAGUGAGCCCAGUAAUGUAAUGGUCCUUGGGGAUUGGUCUAGUGAGCCCAAUAAGGCAGUGGUCCUUGGGGAUUGGUCUAGUGAGCCCAGUAAUGCAAUGGUCCUUGGGGAUUGGUCUAGUGAGCCCAGUAAUGCAGUGGUCCUUGGGGAUUGGUCUAGUGAGGCCAGUAAGGCAGUGGUUCUUGGGGAGUGGUCUAGUGAGCCCAGUAAGGAAGUGGUUCUUGGGGAGGCGGAAGCUCAGAUUGAAUGAAAGCUGAAUCAGGUUUCAAAAAUUUUGCUUUAGUUGUAAGUGAUGGACCAUCUUGGUGUUUAACAGGGUACUCAACAAAAUGGAGUAAUCUGAGCCAUUCAUUUUGUCAGAUUAAAUUCAUAGAAUGUAAGUGUUUGACCAUCUUGGUGUUUAACAGGGUACUCAACAAAAUGGAGUAAUUUGAGCCAUUUAUUUUCAAUUGUCAGAAUAAAUCUAUAGGAACAUUUUAUUUUCAGUUUUACACUUACUAUCUCUGUCUCUUCUAACAUACCAUACUUUUACCAUUGUUAUCUGUCUUGAUUACUCUCACAUUAAAUAUACUACUUGUGCAGAUUAUUUUUGAUCAGGCACAUUUCAAGUAUAGUAUAGAGGGGAAAAAUACAUAAAUAGUGGAAAGUGAGGGGUCUGAGGGAAGAGACCAUUUUAAUAAAUUCUUUUUGUUUCCUGAAACCAGAGUAAACCCCUAUAGUAUUAUGGCAGGCUGUGUCCUUUGCUUAUUCAAAUUUAUUGUGCCUUGUGUGUUAUAAAAUCCAGCCAGAUCUUGAAUUUGCUUUUAUUACUGUGUAUUAAACAAAGCCAUCAUUAUUAGGAGUCACACUUGAGUUUAAGUUCAAUACAAAAAGUAGGCCAACUCCCUGGUUGCCAUAGCCAGGGUAAACAGAUGUGGUAACUAUGUGCUCAGUCUCAGGCAAGUCAUGCAUGAUCGAGCCUGUGUAAUGUGAAUGCACCACCCCUUUCUAUCCCCUUGGCCUUAGCUAUUGAUUUGAGUUUGUGACAUCAUAAAUGGCCUUAAUUAGAGUCCCUUGCACAAGGUUAGACCUUCUCAGCCUUUAUACUUGGCCCUUGUAAUACAGGUCUUAAACUGGUAGCAAUUUAAUUUGGUUGAUCAUACUGUUAGUUGAUUUUUUUUAUAAGAGGGUAUUUUUCCAUUUCUCUAGUUCAGGAUUUCAUUUGGUGUGAGGGAAUUUGAUCACAUGUUAAAGAACAGAGGAUACAUUAGCUUUUAAGCUAUUAAAAAAUGUUUAUAUAUUUGUAAAAAAAUUAUUAUCAUCAUUUUAGUUAUUCUAAUAAGCCAAAAGUUUGUUUAUUAAGUUAUACAGUGCUCUUUGCAAUUAAAUUUAAAAAGCCCAUUAAAAAAAAAAAGAAGCAUUUUUACUUUUGUUAAAAAAUAUGCUUAGCUCAACAAUUCAUAAGGGGGGGGGGUAGAAAAGUUUGGGAAACAUUGCUCUCCUUCAAUAGUUUUAAAAGCUACUGGUGAACCUGGUCAAAUCAAGCCAUGGGCUGACACUGGGAAGGAAGUCAUAUUUUAGAGAUCUUUGUCAGCUACCAUGUUAAAAUUAUUUAUCAUCUUUAUGUCUCCCUGAUAAAUAGACCAACUUUGAUGUUGAAAAUUUUUUAUUUCUUUUAUAUUAAAGAAAAAAAUUUUUAAAAAUUUUUAAUAGUUUUGAAGGUUACUAAAAAUAAGAAAGAAAAUCAAGGGCAAAAAAGAAAUCAACAAUUGGAAUAUAGGAAAAACAAAUGUUACUGUGCUAUUUUAAACUCAUUCAACCCAACAGACGAGUGAACAAAUCUCAUUUUAUUAUUAAGAAAUGGGAAAUAAAGGAAUGAUGGUCUUUAAUUCCUUUUUUUUUCUUUAUUUGUCCCAAAGUUGUUCUUGACCAGGACAUCAUAUCCCUGGUCCAUAUUGUCUAGGACAUCACAUCCCUGGUCCAUAUUGACUAGCACAUCAUAUCCCUGGUCCAUAUUGAUUAGGAUAUCACAUCCCUGGUCCAUGUUGACUAGGAUAUCACAUCCCAGUUCCAUGUUGACUAGGACAUCACAUCCCUGGUCCAUAUUGACUAGGAUAUCACAUCCCAGGUUCAUGUUGACUAGGACAUCAUAUCCCUGGUCCAUAUUGAUUAGGAUAUCACAUCCCUGGUCCAUAUUGACUAGGAUAUCACAUCCCUGGUCCAUAUUGACUAGGAUAUCACAUCCCAGGUCCAUGUUGACUAGGACAUCAUAUCCCUGGUCCAUGUUGACUAGGACAUCACAUCCCUGGUCCAUGUUGACUAGGACAUCACAUCCCUGGUCCAUAUUGACUAGGAUAUCACAUCCCUGGUCCAUAUUGACUAGGAUAUCACAUCCCUGGUCCAUAUUGACUAGGAUAUCACAUCCCUAGUCCAUAUUGACUAGGAUAUCACAUCCCUGGUCCAUAUUGACUAGGAUAUCACAUCCCAGGUCCAUGUUGACUAGGACAUCAUAUCCCUGGUCCAUGUUGACUAGGACAUCACAUCCCUGGUCCAUGUUGACUAGGACAUCACAUCCCUGGUCCAUAUUGACUAGGAUAUCACAUCCCUGGUCCAUAUUGACUAGGAUAUCACAUCCCUGGUCCAUAUUGACUAGGAUAUCACAUCCCUGGUCCAUGUUGACUAGGACAUCAUAUCCCUGGUCCAUGUUGACUAGGACAUCACAUCCCUGGUCCAUAUUGACUAGGAUAUCACAUCCCUGGUCCAUAUUGACUAGGAUAUCACAUCCCCAUUUGUUCAUCUUAACUAAGUUGCUACUCUUGAUCUCAGAAUCUGAAUUUGCUUCUCUCUCUAAAAUGAUUAGCUCUUACUCAUGCUGAAAUGAUAAUGGCCUUUUGAAUAUUUUUUGUUUGGUGUUUAGUAAGUAUAUUUCAGUUUCUUUAAAUGCAAAGUCACACCGCACAUGGACAUUUCCAGUAUUUUAAUAGUGAGGGAAAUACUUUGACCUAUUUCACUAAUUCUACCAAUUUGCGUCAUUGUGGUUCCCUAAGUAACUUUCUUAAUAUUAAAAAUGUUGUCAUUUCACCUAAAGAAGUCAGUCAACAUAAUAAAAAAAUACAAUUCAUUUCUUAUUUUUCAGGGUCUCCUAAAAAAUGGAGGUAAUUCAGGGAAAAAUUGCAGAUUUUCAGCAGUUUUAUGAUUGGGCUUUCACAGUUGCAGGUAUUUAAACAUUUCAGCCAGAAGUUGUCAAUAGUUUUUUCAUUGAAAUCACUGAACCUGAUUUAAAGAAAGGCCCUUUACUCCACUUAACAGAUCUAGAACAAAUCAUUUUUCUUUUCUGUACUUUUAAUUCCUUUUGUGUAAUUUUAAUUUCUUUUGUGUACUUUUAAUUAAACAGUUUUGUUCAAAAUAGGACUCACAACAAAUGUGACAGACUCAAAUGCAAGUACUGCAAAGUACCAUUAGUAAAAUUAGCCUUGACUGAUUAUACCUUAUACUUUGCCUGUUAUUGGUCUAAGGUAUCAACUAAGGUAAAAAAUAGUCGACAGAUCUUGCCAUAUGUUCAAUAAUGAUCUCAUUUACCUACAAUCCAUGUUUUGUCCCUAGAUGAGCGGGUGGCAGACUGGCCCCUCAUGUGGGGCUACACCCCAACGCUGGCCAUCACUGCUGUCUAUCUAUUGGCUGUGUAUCUUUUACCCAAGAUGAUGGAAUCCCGGCCUCCCAUGCAACUCAAAUAUGUGCUGGUCACUUACAACUUUAUCUGUGUCAUCAUCAACUUUCAUAUUUGUAAAGAAGUAAGUUUUAUUUAUCUUGUUUACUGGAGCAUACAUAUUCAAAUAUACUAGUAUUGUUACAAGCAAGGGCGGUAUUGUAAUAAGUAAGGGUAGUGUUGUAACAAGUAAGGGUGGUAUUGUAAUAAAUAAGGUUAGUGUUGUAACAAGUAAGAGCGGUAUUGUAACAAGAGCGGCAUUGUAACAAGUAAGAAUGGCAUUGUAACAAGUAAGUGUGGUAUUGUAACAAGUAAGUGUGGUAUUGUAACAAGUAAGGGCGGUAUUGUAACAAGUGAGGGCGGCAUUGUAACAAGUGAGGGCGCCAAUGUAAAAAGUGAGGGCGGCAUUUUAACAAGUGAGGGCAGCAUUGUAACAAGUAAGGGCGGUAUUGUUACAAGCAAGGGCAUGGAUUUUAAGACAUCUUAAGUUUAACAGAUAUAAAAAAUAUUAAGUUUAAACAAAAAAAUAACUUUAGUAAAUUGAAGUAUUCAUCAAAUGAUUUAAUGGAAGUAUUUAUCAAAUGCUUUAAUUGAAGUAUUCAUCAAAUGAUUUAAUUGAAGUAUUCAUCAAAUGCUUUAAUUGAAGUAUUCAUUAAAUGGUUUAAUUGAAGUAUACGUCAAUGGUUUAAUUGAAGUAUACAUCAGACGGUUUAAUUGAAGUAUUCAUUAAAGGGUUUAAUUGAAGUAUACAUCAGAUGGUUUAAUUGAAGUAUUCAUUAAAUGGUUUAAUUGAAGUAUACAUCAGAUGGUUUAAUUGAAGUAUUCAUUAAAUGGUUUAAUUGAAGUAUUCAUUAAAUGGUUUAAUUGAAGUAUACGUCAAUGGUUUAAUUGAAGUAUACAUCAGAUGGUUUAAUUGAAGUAUUCAUUAAAUAGUUUAAUUGAAAUAUACAUCACACAUCCAUUUUUAUCUUAAUUUUCUAGUAAGGGACGUUUCUUCAUAAUGUUUCCAACAACUUAUACAUCAGUUGACUUAGUCUUUAACAGUUGAGAUCCAACCUCAAUGGAGUUAACCCAUUACACGCCAGGAGUCUUUAACAGUUGAGAUCCAACCUCAAUGGAGUUAACCCAUUACAUGCUAGGUUACCAUGAAUCUAUAUUCUUAUUUCAGUUGUUGAUAUCAUCUACAAUGUUAGGCUACAGUUAUUCAUGUCAGCCAGUAAGUUACACGGAUGAUCCUUAUGAAAUGAGGGUGAGUACUGCCAUCAUAGGCACAAGGCCAAUAGAUAAAAAUAUAUCCAGUCUGAAUGACAAAAUAUGCUGUUACUUACCGUUGUAUUGUGUUUUUAAAUUUAAUUUGCUUUAAGAUUUGGCUUGUGUGUUGAACAAUGCGGAACGAAAGUCUUGAAAACCAUUGUACAAAGAAAAACAAUAGGAAAGUUUGUGAUACUAAUAAAAUUCAAAAUAAAUUAUACUAUUCAAUUGAUAUAAAAAUACAAGAUCAAAUAGACAGAAAUAAAGACUAUAUUAAUAACAGCACAGCAAGUGAACAAUUACAAUCCUAGAAAGAUACAAAUAUUAAUUUACACACAUGCAUAAAGAGUACAAUCUUGUAAGUGUAAUGCGUCUCGUAAAUGUCUAGGGAAAAUAGCAAAAAACUAUCCCUCUGUUGGGAAAGCUGGCGCCUUAUUUGAAGGGAGAAAGUUGAAACACUCCAGAACAGAUAUUUAAAGAAAUUGCAUCACCUGAUAGCAUGGGCGCCCGCAGAAAACUUUCUGGGGGGGGGCAAAAAAAAUCGAUUAACUUUCCAGUGGGGGGGGGGGGCAAACAUUUUUUAGUAAUGUUUUAAUAUAGUUUUAAUUUACUGUAGCGUAUUUUUAUGGCGAACGAACGGACAGGACAUCAGCUUAGUUACUUUCUCUUUAUUUUCUCUUUACUUUAAUACAUUUUUUGUCUAUCUUUGUCUAAAAAUUUUUUAUCCAAUCAAUCCAGGGGGGGCAAAAAAACCUGCGGUCGCCCAUGCCUGAUAGAACGUAUUUGAAAGUAAAAAAUAUUUUCCCAAUAAAGGGAGGGGUGGGUAAAAAGGAUUGGCACUACACAUUUCAUCUUGACAUCAAUAUCAAAACAUAAAAGGUGGGAGGGGAGGUAAGGUUAAAUGCGACAGAUCUUGGUGAAUAAACAAUGCGAAUUGAGGUACAUUGAUUUUUAGCACUUAACUGAAAUAAUAUAACCUACCAGAAGUUUGAGAACCCCUGAAUAGGAGCUUUUUCCUCAUUUUCCAUUUAUGGAAUUAGAUUUUUAAAAAAUUGAUGCAAUCGACAUCAGUUCAGUAUAGGGUUGAAGUUAUCUCACCUUUACGACUUGAUUUCCCAUCAUUAAACUAUGUAAUUGAAGAGUGCACACAAAAAUUACGUUGGCAUAUUGUAUUAAAAGCUCGAAUGAAGUUCAAUAUCGUGAAAUGGUCAAAUUCAUUGCAUCCAGCAUUUUGUAUCAACACCAAAUGUUUAAGAUCAAAUAGUAUAAGUCUUUUCUGUUACUUUGUGAGCAGAGGAAAAAGACACCAAGAACCUCUGAAUUGUACUUACUUAAAAUAAUGUUAAAAAUACAAUUCUUUUCUAUUUCAGAUAGCGAGCGCCCUCUGGUGGUUCUAUUUCUCUAAGUGUAUAGAAAUGUUAGACACCAUAUUUUUUAUUCUAAGAAAAAAGAACAACCAAGUAAGCUUCCUUCACGUAUAUCACCACGCCACCAUGUUCCCCAUAUGGUACAUAGGAGUCAAGUGGGUCGCUGGUGGACAGUGUAAGUUGGACAAUCUUUUACUGUCAUUUUUCCUCUUGAAAGUUUGUCUCUUAGCAUGUCAUGCCCUAAUAGGUUCAACUAUGAGCCAUGAAUCAUCAACACUUAGAAUGACAGCAUUUUUAUGUCCAUCUUUGAACACAAAAAAUCUUUGGUUGCUGGUUGGUCUAAACUAAGUCAAGCCCAAGCUUGCGGUCAGGAAGACCAAGGCGAAAACAUCACACCAGCGCCCCGGGUGGAUGGGACACGUUAACCUUGGAUGGCAACUCAUCUAAGAGAAGGAAACUCUGAAUAAAAAACCCGGAGAAGGAAUCCCCUUGGCGGAUACAUUAAUACAAUGAAAAAUUCUGACAACUCCAGCACGACAACUGGUACCAAGCUGUAUCAUCCACAUAUGAUGUUCACUUGGGUUAUCCAGGUGCCUGGAGAGAGGCCAUUUGCCGUUCAGGGAGCCAGGUUGUACCCGUAGAUAAAAAAUCCCAAGCCUUGUGAUUUCGUCGUGCGAAGUCUACACCAUCGUCACAUUUACACCAUCGUCACAUUGUGAUGUCUACACCAUCGUCACAUUGUGAUGUCUACACCAUCGUCACAUUGUGAUGUCUACACCAUCGUCACAUUGUGAUGUCUACACCAUCGUCACAUUUACACCAUAGUCACAUUUACACCAUCAUCACAUUUACACCAUCGUCACAUUGUGACUUCUACACCAUCAUCACAUUGUGACAUCUACACCAUCGUCACAUUGUGAUGUCUACACCAUCGUCACAGUGUGACAUCUACACCAUUGUCACAUUGUGACGUCUACACCAUCAUGGCAUUGUAAUGGUCAUUCUCACUAAGGUGCAUACGUUCAUAAAACUAAUCAACAGAGUUACUUCCCUUUAUACAUAGGAUUAGAAAGACCGUAAAUGAACAUCUGGGAACAUCAAAGAAUAAUUGGCAUAACGUAUGCUGCAUUAUGAUAAGAUGGGUAAAAAUAAAUAAAUCCAUAUUAAUAGUUGAAUAAAUCAAUGGGAACAAGCUCUCAGUGAAAUAAUAAGAGAAGACAGUUUGUAGGUGGAGAUAAGACCAAAUGCACAAUUAUCAGACUCAAGAGAUAAGACAAAAAGUUCAAGUUUACAAUUAUCAGAAUCGAUGAAAUAAGACAAGUAGUUCAAGUGUACCAUUAUCAGACUCAAGAAAUAAGACAAGUAGUUCAAGUGUGCAACGUCCAUUGUUCUUAACUGGAACUGGGCUCUGGCUUUUAGGAAACAAGUCCCAGAGUGCACUGCUCAUCAUCAUUUAAAACCCAAUCUCUCACUUCAUCUUUCUACUUUAAAAUUUAGAACUGAGCGAAAAUUGACACUAUUGCUCUCCUUUGGUUUGCAUGCCGACUGUCUUACUUAUUGCCGACUGUCUUACUUAUUGCCCACUGUCUUACUUAUUGCCCACUGUCUUACUUAUUGCCGACUGUCUUGCUUAUUGCUGUCUUACUUAUUGCUGAAACUGACCCUGUCUUAAUUACUACUGACCCUGUCUUAAUUACUACUGACCCUGUCUUAAUUACUACUGACCCUGUCUUAAUUACUACUGACCCUGUCUUAAUUACUACUGACCCUGUCUUAAUUACUACUGACCCUGUCUUAAUUACUCCUGACCCUGUCUUAAUUACUCCUGACCCUGUCUUAAUUACUACUGACCCUGUCUUAAUUACUACUGAUCCUGUUAUUACUUGUUUAAUCUGCUAACUCCUUCUAAACACCACCACCCGACCUCCCCCCCCCCCCCCCCCCACUUUUGAAAAAAAAAAAGCACCAGAAACCUGACAACAACGCAAACCAAACAAUUUUUUAAUUGUCUUGUUUCAAUGACCUGACAUCCCACAUAUUUUUAGCAGAAUUAUAACAAAACUGUGUAUAGAUAAGAUUCUUUUAUUGAUCCAAAUAAAUGGAAAUGUUUUUUGAUUACAUCAUACAUAUUCAUUUUCAGCACAUAAGUAAAUAUAUAUUUAACCAAGAAAACAUUUAGUGACAAUAAUGACUUAAUUAGCGAUCAUUUAGAUUUGGUAACCUUAUUUUUACUUUCAGCCUUUUUUGGCGCCAUGAUCAACUCGUUCAUCCAUGUCAUUAUGUACACAUACUAUGGUGUGGCUGCCAUGGGUCCCUGGUACCAGAAAUUCCUGUGGUGGAAGCGUUACUUAACAAGACUGCAGCUGGUUUGUUCAUUGUUUCGAUUUGCUUUCCUGUAGUGUACUUUUAUUUAUGCUGUGUCCUUAACCCUAUAACUGUCAAGUGUACUUUUAUUUAUGCUGUAUCCUCAACCCUAUUACUGUCUUUUUUUCUGUAGUGUCAAGCCAUUUUUAGCAUUUUCAUAUGCUUGUCAAAAAUGACAAACUCUCAUACUAAUUGAAUUCAGAGACCCUGAAAAGUAUACAUUUUCCGAAAGUACAUCGGGCAAGGCAUCUUAUGGUAUCAAAAGAAUUUGUUUUUAUAAGAUGAAUAUUGAUUUUGACUUUGACCUUUACAGAGUGAAUUCAACCCAACCUAAUAAUGCAUUAACUGUUCAAACUAUCAUAAAAACAAGUUUUUGAGAUAAUAAAAGUAGAAGCAAUAUUCUUUCAGAAAAUGUCAAGUUACAGGAAUUAUAUUGAAGAUUGUAAGAUUCGUGAAUUUUUUUCUUUCACUAACUUCAAAUUUCUGUCAUAUAAAAUACAAGGGGGAAGGCAUGAAAUGAGUUCAAAAAUUCAUUUUCAAAUGAAGUUAUUAAAUCUAUUUUUUUUAUGAAUUAACACUCCAGCGCACACACGAACAUAAUGUCUUUGAAUCUCUUAAGGGCAGGUCUUUGGGAUCCAAUCUUUGUUUUUUUUCUCUUAGAUUUCCUGCCUCCCCAAAAAAAUUAGUCUGUAACAGUAUGACUAAGAGUAGGGCUAAAACUGUCAUUAUCUGAAUCUUAUGUCGCCAUCACUGAUAACUAUCACAUGGGACAACUCUGAAAUCAUUGCUUUCAUUAUAAUCCAUUUGAAAUAAUUCCAAUAAAGAAAGUCUGUGUUGAUUUUGCAGUGUAGAGGGGGACCCUCGCCAGCAUCGGACAUUAUGGUGGUAAAAAAAGAAAAGUAGAGCAAAUUUCACACCUGAUCAAUCACCAAUUAUGCCCUUAUAAAAACACAUUAAAACACAGAUCCCUUAUAAAAACACAUUAAAACACAGAUCCCUUAUAAAAACACAUUAAAACACAGAUCCCUUAUAAAAACACAUUAAACACAGAUCCCUUAUAAAAACACAUUAAAACACAGAUCCCUUAUAAAAACACAUUAAAACACAGAUCCCUUAUAAAAACACAUUAAAACACAGAUCCCUUAUAAAAGCACAUUAAAACACAGAUCCCUUAUAAAAACACAUUAAAACACAGAUCCCUUAUAAAAACACAUUAAAACACAGAUCCCUUAUAAAAACACAUUAAAACACAGAUCCCUUAUAAAAACACAUUAAAACACAGAUCCCUUAUAAAAACACAUUAAAACACAGAUCCCUUAUAAAAACACAUUAAACACAGAUCCCUUAUAAAAACACAUUAAAACACAGAUCCCUUAUAAAAACACAUUAAAACACAGAUCCCUUAUAAAAACACAUUAAAACACAGAUCCCUUAUAAAAGCACAUUAAAACACAGAUCCCUUAUAAAAACACAUUAAAACACAGAUCCCUUAUAAAAACACAUUAAAACACAGAUGCAGUCUCAUUUAGAUGGAAUGAUUUCACCGUAACCAAUAUACAUUAAAUCAUUUGCAUUUUUGUUAUUGCCGAUGUUGCUAGCGUAACCCCACAGAAAGGGCUAUAACUGCUGAUGAUCUGCCGUUACGACAGUUACAGGAUUAAUGGGGCUGUUUCAACCUUGAAUUCAUCAAUUUCAAUCAAGUUUUAAGAUAUUUGAAAUCUAUUCAACUACUAAUUUCAUUAUUUUGUUUUCUGCUGUUCCUAAACAAUGUUGCAUGUACAAGAUGUUAUUUUUCAUCUCAGGGUUAUUUACUGUCAUAUUAAUUCCUCAAGGUUCUGCUGAAACUGUGAUUAAUUUGGUCAGACUGAAAAUUAAUUAUGUGUGUGUAUUGUGAAGAACUUGAAAAAGAUUAAAUGUUGUGCACGAUAAGAACAUUGCAUGAACAGGACUUUGAAUUACAGGAAUUAAAUAAUUUAGUGUAAGACAUUUCUGAUAUUCAUACUACAAGCACGUCAAUGGUGAAAUUUAAUGUACAGCAUUCUAUAAAUCACUAACAAUGUAAAUUUUGUUUAUCCCUUCAAUAAAUCCUUAAAUAUUAAGAUAACAUUAUUCCCAUAAAAGACUGCACUCCUCAAAUGUAAUGGGAGUUAUCAGCCCCUGGUCCUUAUUGUGCCUUGAACAAAUUUUUAUUUCAUGCAAUACAUAUUCAUUUAUUUUAUACACCUAUUAUAUAUAUCCUUGUCUUUUGCUUGCUUCUGUAAACAAUUGAUAUAGAUUUUUUUUCCAAUAACAACAAAUUAUGUGGCUGAGAUAAAGGGGGACAAUUCACUUUAAAAAAAUGAUAUUCAAGUGUUCAAUGCCACAAUGUGUUAUUUUGUUCCAUUAAUUUCCUCAUUACUAUACUUAUUAAACUUUUUAAUAGAAUUAUACAAUAAGAUUUUAUAAAGGAAGUUUUUUACUUUCAGUUUAAGGAUACGUUCAUGUUUAUCUCUUCCACAACUAAGUCACUAACACUGUUGUAGCACACACUGUUAAACCCAUGUCUUGUUCACUAGAGAGUUAAUGUUGUUUGACAGCAACUGCUACAUCUCAUUAAGUGAUCAAUACAAUACAGUUUUGUCAAAUUUUAGCAAUACUUUGCAUGAAACCGUACUUAAACAUCCAUGUUUAUAUAUUUCUUUUAUUACUGACUGUUCUGUGUUAUCUUACAGUGAAAUAAAUUCUAGUUUUAUUUAUUAUCUUGACACAAGCCUUACCAACCGUUCCACACAGGCCUUAACCAGCCUAGCCACAAGGGCCUUAAAAAACCUACCUACGCAGGCCUUAACCAGCCUAUCCAAAGAGGCCUUAACCAGUCUACCCACACAUGCCUAAAUCAACCUACCCACACAUAUCUUAACCAACCUAACCAAAAAGUUUAAAAUUAAAAAUUGCUGAAUGACCUUAAAUGAAGUGAUUUUUGCAAAACUCUAAUUUAAGCAAUCAUUAAUUAAUUUUAUUUUUUGGGGUAAUGUUAUAGUGUGGACCUUGCCUAUUUUAGUACUUUGAUCUCAUUUAAAUCUGUAGUAUAACCCUUCUAAUUGAACACAAGUCUAAGCAAUAUCCUAGUUCAGUGGUUCUCAACCUUCCUAAUGUUGCGACCCUUUAAUACAGUUCCCUCAUGUUGUGGCGACCCCCAACCACAAAAUUAUUUUCGUUUCUGCUUCAUAACUGUAGAGUAUAUGUGUUUUCCGAUGGCCUUAGGUGACCCCUGUGAAAGUCAUUCGACCCCCAAGGGGUCGCGACCCACAGGUUGAGAACCGCUGUCCUAGUUGGUCUUGAUCAUUUAGCCAUGCAUCACAUCCGCCAUUCUUUAAAAUAUGUCAACAUUUCCUUAUAUUUAUAUAAUAUAUAUCUUGUCUUUUUUCUUUAAUGGCUUCCUGGUUUAGACCUUUGAAAAAAACCCACCUCACCCACCCCUAAAAUUACUUAUAAACAAUGUCUACAAAUUGGGAACGCCACAAAUUUUGUGUUGUUUUUAUUUUUGUACAUAUUUUUGUUAUGCCAAAUCAAAUUUUUCACUUUGCCAAGCUAGUGAGAGAAGUUUCUACAGCUGAUGGUUUGGAGGAGGUCUUGCUUGCAUAUAAAACAGACGGUGUCUAUUAUGUUCAGACGGUGUCUAUUACUUCAGAUACUGGAUGUUGUGCUUGUUGUGUCAAAGUGCAUGCACAACUUCUCAAGAUAAAUACCUAGUCUGUAGAUAGAUUUCUUCCCAUUUUCCCCUUUGCUUUCAUUAAUUUCUAUGGCUAUUCGCCCCUCACUCCUACACACAAACAUGAAACAUACAUGCAAAUAUUAAACAAUCUCAAAAUUAAAUUUAAACCAAAUGUGCUAAAGUAUUUAUAUUUCCUGAUGCUACAGAUUACACGACCACAACUUAUAUGUUGUAUCUCGUCAAAAUAGCAAUGGAUAAUGGUCAAAGCAGAUUUUUAUUUUAAAGAAAUAUGUUAUGACCAAUAGUUCACCAAAAAGCACAUGAACCAACACCUGGUGUCGUAACACUCAAAGACUCACUUGAACACACCUGAAGCUGGACCUCCAAGACACAUUUGAUGUGCUUUCAUUUUGACUAAUACUAACAUUGUAAAGUCUAGAUGUUGCUCUGCAAAUUUCCUACUCUGCUGUGUGAAGCCAUACUCAGUAAUCUCUAACACAUUUCCUGUUUAAAGAAUUUGUAAACUCUGUCAGUUUAUGGGGGAAAUAACCCGCACAGAUUUGAACAUAUCAAAUGAGUUUAAUCUGGACAUUUCUUCAUGUCAUUAUCCAUUUCUCUUGACUGAGGUCAUCAGUCAUGUUAACAUAUAAUCACAACUUCUCAUUGGAUUGUAUGAACUUUGGCCUCUACUCUCAUGAUUGCCAAUAGCCUGUCUUUCUUUGUAGAUUUGUUGAGCUUCAGGUGCUUUGUUUUGUCACACACUUUUAGGCCAUCUUAUGCUAUACACAAAUGGUCAUUUUUUUCAAUAUGAUUCUAGUCUGCCAAGAAGACUUUUAGUUGUUAUAGAGUUCUGUAGAAAUAACACAUUUUCAUUGUUGUAUCAGCACUGCAAUAUUUUCUACUUCAUUUUUAGUUCAGUAGAUCAGACAAUAUAACUUGUCAUUGCUUGCUAUCCAGCCCAAUAAUAUGUUAUUCUAUGCUCGAGACAUUUUUAAUGGGGAUAUAUACAAUCCAAUUACUAUGGGGAGAUGUGAGGCAAGACAGAAAACUUAAAGUAUCAGAGCAGCGCUGACUAUGUUCAAAUCAUUUUCUAUGAAUACGUUUCUUUUAUUUUUUAUUUUUAUAGAACUUGUCUUUUCUUUGAAAAAUGCAAAAUUUAAAGAAAAUCUUACAUGGCUUGUAAUUAAAUAGCUGUCUUCUGAGAAGUAUUUGCUAAGGGUCUGAUCCAAGAAGUCUCAAAAACUUUUGGCUGGAUAGUCCUCUUUCUUUUGAUAGCUGAUCUGGUGAGAAUCGGUCAGCUAGCACCAGACAUGUUUACAUUCGGCUUUUUUGUUUGUGUCAUCUCCCCUUCAGCUUCAGUUCUGUGUGGGUCUCGUGUAUGCCAGCAACUCUAUAUACAUUGAGUGCGACUACCCCUUGUGGAUGGAGUGGGCUGGUAUCAUAUACGGGAUUAGUAUCGUCAGUCUUUUUGUCAACUUUUAUGUGCAAGCUUACAUCAAGCCCAAACCAUCACCGACAGGCCGAUUAGGCGGAGAGACUCUCUCACACAAGGUAAAUACAAUUAAUAUUUUAUUCACGUGUACUUUUUUUUUUCUUCUUCUACUUGCAACUGAUGGACACUUCAACCUUUCAAUAAUGACUCCCCUUGAUGGACACUUCAACAUUUGAAUAAUGACUCCCCUUGAUGGACGCUUCAUCAUUUCAAUAAUGACUCCCCUUGAUGGACACUUCAACAUUUCAAUAAUGACUCCCCUAUUGGACGGAUCAUUCAUCCUUUGUGAUCUGUUCAAUGAACAAUUCUUGAAUUUAAUCAUAUGCGGACAAUACUUCAUUGAUGGAUUGGGACGGACAUGGAUGGAUCUUAUUUUGGAAAUUUGACAAAUAACCUUGAACUGUCUCUCAACUCACAUAUAUUAUGAACUUUGAACUUGCUCAGAUCCAGUUUGUUACAGGCAUCGCCCAUGCCAGCCAGUCACUUAUUCUGAAGGGGUGUGGUUUCCCAGAGUGGAUGCACUGGGCACUUAUUUUCUAUGCCUUCACCAUUCUUCUCCUUUUCCUCAACUUCUACUUUCAUGCUUAUCUCAACUCUCAGAAAAACAAAGUGAGUACAGCACAGUAUUAGCAUAAUCUAGUCAUGCAUUUUUUAUAGUAUUGGCAAUUUUUUAUUGUGUUUAAUUAUUGUAAUGUUUUUAAAAAAGUUAAAAUAACAAAUUAAUGGACAAAGAAAUCUGAUAUGAGUUUUUGGGCAUUUCAUUUCACCAACCAAUUAUAUACCGUAUUUAUUGGCGUAUAACACACACUUUUUCUCCCCGAAAAUAAGGGGCAAAUCAUGUGUGCGUGUUAUAUGCCGAUAUAAUGUAAGUUUUUUUUCCGAAAAUGUCCUUCUUAAAUUGAGGUGCGUGUUAUACGCGGGGGCGUGUUAUACGCCAAUAAAUACGGUAAUUAUAUACUAUUUCCAUACGGAGAAUAGUGUGCUACACAUUUAGAUUGAAUGGAGGCUUAGUUACAUUCUUGGGUAGUACAGUGUUAAAUGUUUACAAGUCUUCAGACCCAAGACUUACAACAUUAAGACUUAUAGUAAAGUUAAACAGACUUUUAUUUGAAACUAGAACAUGUUUGAUAUCCUGUUUAUCUCCCUUGUUUAAGGGCUUCCUUUACCAUUACCGUAGUGGCAAUGAUGAAAUAGAACCAUUUUAUUCACAGAUGUUAAUGAUAAUAAAAUAUCUACUCAUUCUUUCAGACUAAACAGCAAAGCAAUGGAAAUCAGGCUAAUGGCCAUGUGGGUGCCAAGCAUGGUGAACCAGAGAAGAAAAAGACCAAAUAGGGACAAAAUAUUUGAAACUUACCUGGAAAACUCUUCGCCAGGACCAGCACCGUAGCAGACGGUUGGAACAAAUAUAACUGUAGCAAGAAAAGGGCAAUAAAGGAUUUCAAUGAAUUCCAAAAAUUCUUAGAAUUUCUAUUUUACAAUUCUUUUUGAGAAUUCUAACUUUGAUAAAGAAACUUAAAAGAAGAAAAAAUGUACCGUAACAGAAAUUUUACAGUUUUUUGAAAAUUCUCUUAUAUUAUAUUUAUUGGAUUUUUAAAUAAAUCAGCUUAUUUUAUGUUUAUUAAAAAUCAUUUUAUUGAAAAGAAAUUGUCAAAAUGCUUUACAGUUAAUGUCAAACUGGUAUAAAGUAUUAAAAGAGAUGUGAUAUUUUAGUUCCAUUCAUGAACAAUGUUGCUGUCGGUCCAAAGAAACCUUAACUUAUUUAUUGGCAGUCCAACAUGUUACUUACAAUAUUAAAUGAAUAGAUGUCUAGUUAAAAACAUUGUCAAACCCAGAGCUUUUCAUCUAAACCUUGCUGUUAAAAUUGCUUUUACUAUGCAUGUAAAUUCUGCCAAGACUCUCAGAAGUUUGAACAUUUGUUGAGUUGUCACCCGGCUUCAUGAAAAAUACAACCACAUUUAAUUUAUUAAAUAAAGAAAAUAAUAAAUUUAUUCUUUACUCUAUUAAAACAAUUUUUUUGUUUACAAACGGCAUUGCAUCAUGUUUCUAAGCUUUUAAAAUGAUCCUUAUCAUGGCAUGCUUCAAGUCUGGUACUGCUGUCUGUGGGUAUGAUUAGAGUUUUCUAUGAGAAUUCAACGGACGAGAUGAAUAAUUGAUGGAACAAUUAAUUUUUACAUAGAUAUACAUUUUAACAGUUACUGGUUUUUAUAUAUAUUAUUUUAUUUUUACAUAAAUCCAACAAGCUUCUUAAAAAGAGAAAAGUUUUAUGGAAAACAGUUCUCUCAAAGUAAUUGGCUGCUGCUGAGAAUCAAAAAGUUUCCCACAUGUUCCCCAGGAUAGGUUCCACUUUCUGCAAUGCAAUUCCAUCAACUAAUGCACAGGAUCUGAUCAUAUUUUAACCCUCUUGGGACGGCUGGAUCUAUAGGCACAGUGUCAAAAAUGACAAAUGGCGGAUCUAUCUGCCCAUUAAUUUAAGCCUUGAGAUUGGCUGGUCUUCGUACCAGCUAAUCAGAUUGCUUCUCGCAUUUCUUGUUUCUUGCUCAUUUUAAUGGCGCCUUCCAUUGAUAUUUUACAGUGAUCCGUCAUUUUAGAACAAUUUUUGUGGUACGCCUAACCCAUAAAAAUGCCUGCAAAGUAUAUGACUUGAAAUAUGUCAAAAAGGCUUAAGCAACCCCAGAGGAAUAUUUUAUGUAGUUUUUCAUGCUGCAUCUCAUUCAAAUAUGGGUUAGGACUUGUUUAGGCUUUAACUUUAACAAUCAUAAAAUUUAACAACAUUCAGCAAGUAACUUAGUAAGACAUGUUCAUACUAAGUGUAAAAAAACAUUUGCAUGCGUAAAUUAUGCGAAUCAGGAUAUCUCAAUGUUGAGUUUUCAGUUUGAUUUAUAAAGAUUGUAUGAGUUCAUUCAAUUACGUACAACUACAAGAAUUUAUAAUUUUAUAUUUGUAAAGUAAUUUGUUUUUUUUUGUUAUUUUUUUAUUGUUGCCAUUUUGGUUCUGAACUUGUUAAAAGGCUCUGUCUUCUUGGCACCAACACUCCAAAAAAAUCUCCGUCUCAAAAGGGUUAAUAUAACGAUAGCAGUGAAUUAUUAAUUCAUCACCUGCAUGUUUUUUAUGAAAUUGAAUAAUCGACAGUCCAAAAUUUGCAUAAUUAUCAGAUUGUAUAUACCGUGUUAGGCUUUUUCAAUUUAUUUGACAUUACUAUUGUCAUCAGUAGUGUCAUUACAAUUGUCAUUACUAGAGUCAUUACAAGUGUCAUUAGUUUAGUCAUUACGAGUGUUGCUACUAGUGUCAUUUACUAGUGUGUAAAUUCUUCUCAGUGGCCUCGGAUACUGGAUCAUAAUGACAUUCAUACUGAGGGUACAGGGUAGUGAGAGGCUACUGACAUUAGUCAUGGUACCUAGAGGCUACUGACAUUAGUCAUGGUAGCUAGAGGCUGCUGACAUUAGUCAUGGUACCUAGAGGCUACUGACAUUAGUCAUGGUAGCUAGAGGCUGCUGACAUUAGUCAUGAUACCUAGAGGCUACUGAUAUUAGUCAUGGUACCUAGAGGCUGCUGACAUUAGUCAUGGUACCUAGAGGCUACUGACAUUAGUCAUGGUACCUAGAGGCUACUGACAUUAGUCAUGGUACCUAGACGCUACUGACAUUAGUCAUGGUACCUAGAGGCUACUGACAUUAGUCAUGGUACCUAGAGGCUACUGACAUUAGUCAUGGUACCUAGAGGCUGCUGACAUUAGUCAUGGUAGCUAGAGGCUACUGACAUUAGUCAUGGUAGCUAGAGGCUACUGACAUUAACUUUUCUCCCUGUACAGUCUGCCACAACUACUGCCACAUAGAAUCGUGUUGGGAAGGCAAGAAAAACCAUCUCAAGUUCCAGUAACCUCGCAAGCUGGUUUUGAAACACUAUUUAAAUGCUCUAUAUUUCAUUUGUUGACAUUUGUAGAUAUAUUUUCAGCAAGCACCUUUGCUCGAACACUAGCUGAGUCAUUGCAGUAGCAGCCCAUGUUUGUUACUUCCCAGUGGUAAAUGUGUUCACUUGACGCUCACGUUGAAGGAAUCAUCUCAUGAGGGUAAUGAUAAAAACAGCAUCAUUCAAUCAUGUGCUGUGUGUGUGUGUGUGUGGGCUUUGAUAAGAAUGAAUUAAGUUUUAGGUUUAUGAAUAAAGAUUCCAACUGAUAGGAAGGAGGCUUUGUCAGUAAAGGACUGAGUGCUCCGUCACAGUUAUACAAUGUCCUCUUUUGUCAAACAAUGGAUGAUAAAUUUGUGAAUGUACAUUUUUCAUCAAACACAUUUUCAGGCAUAGUUUUCACUCCACUAUAUACAACAAUAAUUUAUAUUCUCUUCAAAGGUGUUAAACCUACAAUAUGAAUUGUCAAUGUUAUGUUGGAAAAAGUGGUAAUACAUUUUUAAGUAAGAGAUGUUCACGUGUGGAUUGAUUUUUAAUAAUUUAUAAGUAAGCACUAUUAUUGCUCCUUAUGUUUAUGGAGUCUUUUUAUAAUUUUGGCAGCAAAUUGUUUAAAUAACAAGGAUUGGUAAAUUUUAGUUUGGAACAAUUAUCUGAUUUGUGAAUUUUUUAAAUUGUGUUUUACCUCCACCAUAUGAAAAAAAUAAAUUGAGAAUGUAUAAGUAUAAAUAUCUCAGCGUUUGAUAAAGCUCAAUAAAACUGUCAUAUUUUCUGCUCAUAGUUAGUCAUUUGAUAAGAGUUCAACCACUUGAUGAUAAAAACAAAUGUAGAAUUGUAAAAGUUUCCUGAUCCUUGGACUGAAUAUCUAAGUGAAACUUACAUGUGAACUCAAAACAUCUGCCCCUGAAUAGAGAGAGAGAUACCUGUAGUAGCUGGUCAAAGUUUGGGCACCGAAGUGGCCUCUUUUAGUUAGUCUUAGUACUUAGACUCAAAUUCAACACCGGGUAUUUCAAAUGUAUUUACCUAGUUCUUGUCUUAUACUAAAUUAGGAGCUUGAUGAUGAAAUAAUUUAUGUUUCAUGAAAUAAUAUUUUAAUAUGGUGUCUGCCUGUUUUUAAAAUUAUCAUUUAAUAUGCAUAUAAUUUGAUACAUAGUUCCUCAGAUGUGCUAUGUUUUAGACAUGAAUGUAUUUGCACUUUGCUAAACUAGAAGCUUUAGCCUUUCUUUUGUGCAGAAUAUUAUUAUUUAGGCCAAUGUUUUGUAGGUAGGAAUGAUAUAAAAACUAGGCAUAUUUUUAAAAAAAAUACUGUCAUCUUACGUAUUUAAAAUUUUCUUCUUUAGAUUUAAAGAUGACAUAAGUACCGGGUAGUUAAAAAAAAUAAAAUACUUAAGUCAUCUUUUAUUAUUGUGACAAAAAUAGCCUUUAAGAUUUCAAGUUAGUGAUUAGUCACAGUAUGUAUGUCUUCUAUAUGAACAAUGAGGCAGUAGAUCAGUUGUAUAUUCAUAAGAAAAAUGUUUUUAAAAAUUUCCACAUUCCAAGGUGGGUGAUCUAAUCCAGAAUAUCUUAGAGUAAAUUUGAGUCUCUUCAUCUAGUAUUGAGCGGUACUCAAUUAAAUGAUUGAUGUAAAGUUUAAGUUCUCAAGAUACUCUUGGUACAUUAAUGUUAGUAUUUUAAAACAUAUUAAAAUGCAUAUUUUUUGGGGCACUGCAUACUCUGGGGCACUCUCAAAUGAGUUGCCCUACUCCACUUGCUGGAGGUGAAGCCAGUAACGAGGGCUUUACAGAUUGACUUCAGUCACACUCACAGAACCACAUUAAAAUGAUAAAAAUAAAUACUAGACCUUCACUGUAUGACCCCACAAGAGGCAUUAAUGGUCAUCUAAAGCAGCGGUUCUCAACCUGUGGGUGGCAACCCCUUUGGGGGUCGCUAAACCCUUUCCCAGGGGUCGCCUAAGACAAGACCACCUGAAAACACAUAUGCUACAAUUAUGAAGUAGCAAGGAAAAUAAUUUUAUGGCUGGGGGUCGCCACAACAUGAGGAACUGUUUAAAAUGAACGAGGCAUUAGGAAGGUUGAGAACCACUGAUCCAAACUUUAUACCAAAAAAAUGAAUUUGGACUAUUAUUGUUGGCCUCAGUAGUUUGUAGACAUCUAAAAUUAGGUACCCGGUGUUGGGGAAAAAAGGCACCUAAACUACUGACUGUAGACCAACUAUAAAAAUAUUUGCUGGUGUUGAAAUUUUAAAUCACAUUUUUUCCACUUCCUUGGUUCUAUUUAAGUAACUAUGAUGAGAGGUAUGGACUGUGAUAAAGCUGUUAAGCAGAUUAAUGAGACACAAUUGCGUAAAUUAAAAAAAAAUUAUAUUAGGCUUUAAUCAUGAUUACAC